AUUUAUUCGAAUUUUAUUACUUAUUAAAGCUCUUGCAUCCCUUCAAACAUAACGCGGUGCGAUUUCUUGUUAUUACUACCAGCUUCCACUUUUUACUCUUUUUUUACACACACACUCGCACAGAACAUUUAACCAGAGAUUUAAUUUUCGAAAUGCCCAAGCAAGACUGGGAAAAGUACAAGAAGCCAAUCAAUAAAGGCGAAGAGGAGAAGGUUACUGUUCUCGACGAAAAGGAUAUUGAGCUCCUCAAGGCGUAUGGCGAAGGGCCGUACGCCAAGGAGAUCAAGGCACUCGAAAAGUCAAUCAAGGACGUACAAAAGUCCAUUACAGAGAAGAUUGGCAUCAAGGAGCUCGACACCGGACUGGCGCCGCCCAGCCUGUGGGAUCUUCCGGCCGAUAAGCAGAUGCAACACCAAGAGCAGCCGCUGCAGGUUGCGCGCUGCACAAAGAUUAUCGGCGAGGGUGACGCAGCAAAGUACGUGAUCAACGUCAAGCACAUUGCAAAGUUUGUCGUUGCACUGGCCCAGCAUGUGUCGCCGACAGAUAUCGAAGAGGGUAUGCGGGUGGGCGUUGACCGUUCAAAAUACCAGAUCAAGGUGCCGCUGCCGCCCAGGAUCGACCCAACGGUGUCGAUGAUGACAGUGGAGGAGAAGCCCGACGUGACAUACAGCGACGUCGGCGGAUGCAAAGAGCAGAUUGAGAAGCUGCGCGAGGUUGUCGAGCUGCCGCUGCUGGAGCCCGAGCGGUUCAUCAACCUGGGCAUUGACCCUCCAAAGGGCGUGUUGCUGUAUGGCCCGCCCGGGACCGGUAAAACUCUGUGUGCACGUGCCGUAGCCAACCGCACGGAUGCGACGUUUAUCUGCGUCAUCGGGUCGGAGCUCGUGCAGCGGUAUGUGGGUGAGGGCGCCCGCAUGGUGCGCGACCUGUUCGAGAUGGCGCGCACAAAGAAGGCGUGCAUUAUCUUUUUUGACGAAAUCGACGCGAUUGGCGGUGCGCGCCACGAUGACGGCGCUGGUGGUGACAACGAGGUGCAACGCACGAUGCUGGAGCUGAUCAAUCAGCUCGACGGAUUCGACCCGCGCGGAAAUAUCAAGGUCAUCAUGGCCACUAACCGUCCGGACACGCUGGACCCGGCGUUGAUGCGGCCUGGACGUCUUGAUCGUAAGGUUGAGUUCUCGCUGCCUGACCAGGAAGGCCGCGCUCAUAUCCUGCGCAUCCACGCGCGCAGUAUGAGUGUUGAGCGCGACAUCCGUUACGACCUCAUUGCGCGCCUGUGUCCCAAUAGCACUGGCGCUGAGCUUCGCAGUGUGUGCACAGAGGCUGGCAUGUUUGCUAUCCGGGCCAGGAGAAAGGUGGCCACAGAGAAGGACUUUUUGGAGUCGGUCAACAAGGUCAUCAAGUCGUACGCCAAGUUCAGCUCUACGCCCAAGUACAUGACUUACAAUUAAUGUGGGUUCAUAUGUGUCUGUGUGUGCAUGCGUGGAUGCGAUUGUUGUGCAUCUCUUUUUUGUGCUCUCCUGCUCUCUGGUGGGCCCUGGGAUUCCUUCUAACUGCCCCCUUUGCUUGCGCACGUCCUCUGGUGUUUUCUUGUAGCCGUUUUGCUCCCGCCUUCUCUCAUUCACUAUUAUUUUUUAAACAAACAUUUUUUUGCCUUUUGCUCUUGGAGAAAGCAAGAUCACGUAUGCACUAUCGUUGGCCAUUUUCUCUACAGCAUAAAUCCCUGGUGGCCACGCUUGCUUUCGGAUCAACUCUUGAUCAUUAGGAUUAAAAUCAGAAUUUUUUUGUGUUGCACGUUUCAUGCCCAUGAGAGACAAAGAGAAAAAUAAUAAUAGCAGUUGGCUGUUUGAUUUGGUGUGGUUGUUGUUUUGAGUGGUGCAAUU